AAUGAAUUCAGCCAAUAGAAUUAAUCUAUACUAAAAAUGAUGGUUUAUGUUACUGGUUCCAAGCCCUUGAUCUAAUCCUGAAGUUGGAAAUCAUACAGAAUGUCGGUCAGCGCAUUACGUCAAGUGAUACAAAAACGUGACCUGGUAAGACAGGUAUGGCGAGUUAGUGCAAGGAGUAUUUGGGAUGGCUGUCUUUCGCUAUCUGAGGAUGAUCCAGAAAUAUCUAGUAUCAUUUCUAAAGAGAAGAAAAGACAGAUUUAUGGGUUAGAGCUGAUUGCCUCAGAGAACUUUGCCAGCCGAGCAGUACAAGAAGCCUUGGGCUCCUGCUUGACCAACAAGUACUCGGAGGGUUACCCCGGGGCAAGGUAUUAUGGUGGCAAUGAGUAUAUAGAUCAGGUGGAGAGACUUUGUCAGAAAAGAUCCCUGGACGCUUAUCGUUUAGAUCCUGCUCAGUGGGGCGUCAAUGUGCAACCGUAUUCCGGUUCCCCAGCAAAUUUUGAGGUGUUUACAGGUCUCCUAAAACCUCAUGACAGAAUAAUGGGGCUUGAUUUACCCGACGGUGGACAUUUGACUCAUGGCUUCCAGACAGACACAAAGAGAAUAUCAGCAACCUCUAUCUACUUUGAAUCUAUGCCUUAUAGGCUUGAUCCCAAAACCGAUCUGAUUGAUUAUGCUAAACUUCGAGAGACGGCCAAACUUUUCCGUCCCAAGCUUAUAAUAGCUGGUACCACAGCUUACUCUAGACUGCUUGACUACAAGUCCUUCAGAGAGACAUGUGAUGAAGUAAAGGCAGUCAUGAUGGCUGAUAUGUCACAUAUAUCUGGUCUGGUAGCUGCAAAUGUUAUACCAUCUCCCUUCGAUUACUCCGACAUCGUCACAUCAACCACUCAUAAAACACUUAGAGGACCAAGAGCUGGUAUAAUAUUUUACCGUAAGGGGGUUAAAGGUCAGGAUAAGAAGACAGGCAAGGAUAUCAUGUAUGACUAUGAGAAGAAGAUAAAUGGUGCUGUAUUCCCAUCACUACAGGGGGGACCACAUCAACAUCAGAUAGCUGCUAUAGCUGUUGCUAUGAGACAGGCUCAGUCCCCAGAGUUUAAGGAGUACCAGCUUCAGGUGUUAAAGAACGCUCACCUUUUAGGCGAGGAGCUUGUAAAACGUGGAUAUAAAGUUAUCUCAGGUGGCACUGACAAUCAUCUCAUCUUGAUGGAUCUCAGACCUGCGGGUACAGACGGUACACGCACAGAACUUGUGCUGGAAAUGGCUGCUAUUACUGUGAAUAAAAACACAACUUCCGGAGACACCCAUGCCUUCACACCUGGAGGUCUAAGGCUUGGGUCUCCUGCCCUCACAUCUCGUGGAAUGAAAGAGGCAGAGUUUAAACAGGUGGCGGAAUUUUUACACCAGGGUAUACAAAUUGCUGUAGAUAUACAGAAGAAAACAAAGACUGUGAAAGAUUUCCGAGCAUACGUACAAGAAGAUAAUGCUGAGUCAGCUAAAAUCAAGACAUUAAAGAACCAAGUGGAGGAGUUUGCUGCAUCAUACACGAUGCCUGGACUGGAGAACAGAUAAAUUACUAAACAAGACCCCAUGAUCUCAGUCAUGAUUGAAAAUUUGAAUAUUGUACAAGUUGAAUAAAGAUACGAUACAGCAUUAAAUCUUUGAUAUCAGUAUUUUUAUAUAGAAAUAAGUAAAACAUAUCUCUUUCUAUUGAAAUCUGUUUCUUUAUAUAUUAAAACAGCUACUUAAUUUCAGGUUUCAGUCACUCUUAACUUUGUACUUAAAGCU